UCACCAUUUAUGUAUUGGCCACCUCAGUAGAGUCCUCUCUCUCUCUUGCUCGCUCUAACACAAUGCAAGACCGUCGCCACCAGAACCAAUCUCAUCUGUCCCCCCGGAGACUCACCACACCCGGUGGUGCCGCCGCGAUUAUCGUUGCGGAACCCAAGCGCGGCAAGAAGCGCGGGAGUUACACCUGCGGCCGAUGUGGCCUCCCCAAGAAGGGACACUCCUGCUACGUCGGCAUUACCACCGACACCAACAGCCCCAUCAGCAGCACGCCCACGCACGCUCCCGAUUUGUCCGUGGCCGUCUCUGCCACGCGCCCUCCGCCGUCGCGUCACUUCCGCCGGGCGCUGUCCUUCGACGACGAUGUCAGCGAUGUCCACGGCGGAUUCCCGGAGGACGAGGAUGACUUAGACGUCGGCGAUACGUUGGCGGAUCCGGAGUCCGGCGGUUUUCCGGCGGGGUGUUUGUGGGAGAUACUGAGGAGGUUGCCGCCGGCGGGGCUGUUGGCGGCUGCAAGAGUUUGCAAAGGGUGGAGGGAGACGGCGAAGAGGCUGUGGAAGGCGGCGGAGGAGCUCAGGCUUAGGGUUCCGGCCAGAGCUCAGGUCGGGCUUGUUGGAUCGGUAUUGCAGAAAUGCCCGGGGAUCGUGAGGCUCUCUCUUAGAAUGGAAAGUGAUGUGGAUGCAACAAUGCUAGCUUGCAUUGCAUUCUCAUGCCCUAAUCUGGAAUUUAUGGAGAUCUCGAAAUCUGAGACUGCGAUCAAUCGGAUCACUGGUGAUGAAUUGGGUCGUUUUGUCGCGGAUAAACGAUGUCUCAAAAGCCUUAAGAUGGAAGGGUGCUCCAAUCUUGGGGGUUUUGUUCUUUGUUCGUCCAGUCUUUCUACACUUUGGCUUUCGGAUCUAUACUCGCUCUCUAAGAUGGUUUUCAACUGCCCAAAUCUGAAUGAGAUUUCCCUAGAAUUUUCUUGCCAAGAAAAUGAUAGUACCGAUCUUACUACCGUUGUUGAUGGUUUGGGAAGGAACUGCCCAAGGCUGCAAAACAUACACAUUGCAUCGGUUCGGCUUUCUCAUUCCGUUGUGCUUGCUCUUACGGCUGCACAGCUAAGGUGGUUGCGAAUGCUGUCACUUGUUCUCGGAUCUGAAAUCACUGAUGCAUCUGUUGCUGCCAUUGCUUCAAGCUAUCCGAACUUAGAAUUGCUUGACCUUAGUGGAUCAAGCAUCAGUGAUAGUGGCAUUGGAAUGAUCUGCAAUGUGUUUCCUGAAACACUUUCAAGACUCCUCCUUGCUCUUUGUCCUAACAUUACUUCAAGUGGCAUUCAGUUUGCCACAGCUCAAUUGCCUCUUCUUGAACUCAUGGAUUGUGGCAUGACCAUUUGUGAUCCCAAUUCCCAGAAUCCAAUCCCUGAUGAAAGCAGUGAUUCAGCAUUAAAGCACAUUUCGAACACCAAACUACACCUUAUACACCAGAAGCUGAUUAUCAAGCAUAACCGGCUGAAAAAACUCAGUUUGUGGGGUUGUUCUGGCUUAGAUGCUCUAUAUUUAAACUGCCCUGCACUGAAUGAUCUGAAUCUAAACUCUUGUAAGAAUUUGCAUCCAGAGAGAUUGUUGCUUCAGUGCCCCACUUUAGAAAGCGUGCAUGCUUCAGGUUGUCAAGAGUUGUUGAUUGGAACCAUUGAACGUCAGGUCAGUGAUGACUCUGCUAUGGAAAAUUUAUUACCCUGUAAACGUUUAGCUGAUGGAUCCAAAAGAGUUCGGGUUCCUCAUUUUCUCAGUGCACAGUCAUAUGAUGAUGAUAAGAAGCAAAGGAGGGUCGAGAGACGGCAGUGUAAUGUUCUUUUGAGCUGAUCACACAUGUUCUCUGGACUUCUAUACAUGCUCCAAUCUCGUCUGUUGUUAUGUUAGUUUCCCAUGUAUUCAAACAGUUUGUAAUUUUGUUCAAAAUUAUGCAAGGGAUUGGUGCAAUGUAGAAUUGCCUUCCCCUUAAAAAAAGAAAAAGAAAAACCCAAUUGUUGUUGUUUCGAACUUGAAGCCAUGAAAGGAAUUUAUUAGUUCCACAUCUGUGAAAUAAAGUUAUAUCUUAAACUUAC